AUGGCUUCGACAAAAGCUGUGAUUCUCGUCGGAGGCCCUUCGAGAGGAACUCGCUUCAGGCCCCUUUCGCUGGAUGUCCCCAAGCCACUGUUCGAAGUCGCCGGUCAUCCGAUCAUCUCUCACUCCCUUAAAGCGGUCGCCAAAGUCCCCGGCCUCCGUGAAGUCAUCUUGGUCGGGUACUACGACGAGUCGGUCUUCCGAGACUUCAUCAAGGAUGCCAGUAAAGAAUUCCCACACUUGCGCAUCCAAUAUUUGCGAGAAUACCAGGCCUUGGGUACCGCCGGCGGCCUCUACCAUUUCCGCGACGCUAUCCUCAAGAACAAGCCAGAGCGAUUUUUCGUCCUAAACUCGGACGUCUGCUGCUCCUUCCCGCUGGGCGAAAUGUUGAAACUGUUUGAAGAGAAAGAUGCCGAGGCUGUUAUCCUGGGAACCCGAGUCGGCAAUGACGCUGCCACAAAUUUUGGUUGUAUCGUGUCUGAUUCGCAUACCAAGCGUGUUUUGCAUUACGUUGAGAAGCCGGAAUCUCAUAUUUCAAACCUGAUUAAUUGCGGCGUCUACUUAUUUGCUACCGAAUGUAUCUUCCCUUCCAUCCGCAGUGUCAUCAAGCGCCGUGCAACCCGUCCACGCCUACUCUCCUACCCGUCUUCCGAAAAUCUUGAUUCCUCCUUCAUUGCCGAUGACGAGGAUGCCGAGAAACCAGAGGUUUUGCGCCUCGAGCAGGACAUCCUAUCCGACCUCGCUGAUAGCAACCGGUUCUUCGUGCAUGAAACAAAGGACUUUUGGCGCCAGAUCAAGACUGCGGGCUCUGCAGUGCCAGCAAAUGCAUUGUACUUGCAAAAGGCAUUCCAGACGCAGUCCGACGAACUCACUCCUCCUUCUGCUUUCAUUGUGCCGCCUGUCUAUAUCCACCCCACCGCGCAGGUUGAUCCUACGGCGAAGCUAGGUCCUAACGUGUCCGUUGGGCCGCGGGCUGUGAUUGGUGCUGGUGCACGUGUGAAGGAGUCCAUCAUCUUGGAAGACGCCGAGAUUAAGCAUGAUGCCUGCGUCUUGUACUCGAUCAUCGGCUGGGGUAGCCGCGUGGGUGCCUGGGCGCGUGUUGAAGGCACACCGACACCAGCAGGCAGCCACUCGACAAGCAUCAUCAAGAACGGCGUCAAGGUGCAAAGCAUCACGAUAUUGGGUAAGGAGUGCGGCGUGGGAGAUGAAGUGCGCGUACAGAACUGUGUCUGCCUACCAUAUAAGGAGUUGAAACGGGACGUUUCAAAUGAGGUUAUUAUGUAA